AAUUAAAAGACUUCCAAUCACCCCCAGAUGUGCUGUGCUGACUAUGGAUGUCACCAGUCACGAUGAUCACUAAGAGAAAAUCCCGACAAAAACCUUACGCCAUUGAUCGAUUAGAGUGAUUAUUCUUGACUGUGAUUAGCCCACAUGCACCGCUUUCCCUCUCAAAAAAAAAAAAAAAAACAAAAAAAUAGCUAUAUCUCUUCUUCCUUCUCCACUCAAAUAAAAGAAAACCCUCUCACACCCGAGUCUCCGAUCACCGGAUUAAUGAUUCCGGUGACCGGCUUUUUAACCCAAAUCCCAGCAAUCUGUGUGCACUGAUAAUAGUAUAGUAUUGUAUAGCAUAGCAUAGCGGUAGUGAUGGAUGUUAGUGAUGAUGAAAUGGAAAAGGAAACAGAAACCCCUGAAAAUGGGAAAAAGGGUUUCAUAUAUCUAGCCUUUCGAUUAACUUUAGCUCUUCUUUUCCCAAUCUUUGCCUUCCUUUCCUUGUCAAUAUUAGUAGGCUUUUUAGCAUUUUUCAUGGGUCAUUUGUCAAUUACAACUCCCCUCUCUCUUCCCUCUCAGUGCAAGAUACUCUCCAGCAGUGUGGAUCUUAGAUCAUCUAAGGUUUGUGAGCCUGGGUUUUUGAAUUAUAAAGCCAAGCAUGUGUUUUAUCCAUAUAACAGAAGCAAAUUUCGCUGUCGCUAUGAUUACUACUGGGCUUCAGUGUUCGAGGUGGAAUACAAAGAUCACUCUUUGGGUCAAACACGAUUUGCAUUAGCAGAGGCUCCAAAUGAGGCCCUACCUCUAAAUUGCCGGCCUAAUUUUGGUGCUGCAUGGUUGACCAAAGAUAAAUUCAAGGUUAAUAAAACCUACGACUGCUGGUAUACGUCUGGCAUUUUGAAAGUGAGCUUAUAUCGUGAUGAUCUUUUCAGUUGUCAAGCAAAAGAUCCAUCUCAAGUUGAGAUGGUUAAACGUUUUUUCAUACUAUCUAAGGAGAUGUUACACUCCUCGUUGGUUCCAAAGAAAGGAAAGGCUGGCAAUUGGAGGUGGGAAACAAUAGCUGGAGUUAUUGCUGGUUUUUCAACUUCUAUAAUCACCAUCAGCUUUAUAAUAAUCCUCCAGCACAUAAAAUCAUGGUUUCGUCUAACCCCUGUAGCUAGGAUGUUUUCUUACACCAAUAUAGUCUUCUUCAAGCGCGCUUGUUUUCUUGUGGCGUACAUUUCUUUUAUGGGUUGGUUGACAAUCCAGUAUGGGAAAAGACUUGGUCUGCCUGAGAUCCGCAGAGUUUAUAAUUACUAGCAGCAUUCUUUUUGCGAGUGCCAAUUCCUUUUUUCUCUUCCUGGAUCCUGGAUGCUGCAAUUCGACACAUUCCUGGCCCAAAGGUACGUGAUUCCUGUGGUUGCCAGAUGUGUUUUGAUAGAGUAAACGCUGAGCAACUUAUGUAUCUUGCUGGGAAAGUCUUUCAUGUAUAGGCAUCAUAUUAUACGGG